UAUCAAAAUUACAUCGCUUUUGUUAAAAACUUACCUUUUGCAACUGAACCAGAAGUACAUGGAAUGGAUGCAAAUGCAAACAUUAUUAAAGAUCAGAAUGAAACAAAAUUAUUCUUUAAUACCAUUAUAUCAACUCAAGCUCAAAUUGGAACAGGAACUGAUCAAUCAUCAGAAGAGGUUGUUUUAAAAAUUGCUAAUGACAUUCUUAUAAAAUUACCAAAUAAUUUUGAUAUUCAUUUGGCUUUACUGAAGUAUCCUGUAAGUUAUGAACAGAGCAUGAAUACAGUUCUAGUUCAGGAAAUGGAAAAAUUUAAUGUGCUGCUAAGUGUAAUUAGAGAUUCAUUAAUUGAAGUUCAGAAAGCUAUUAAAAUUUAUUGAUUAUCGGUUAAAGUUUAUUUGUUUGAAAAAUGUCAUAUAAAAGAAGUGAAAUAAAUCAUUUUAGAAGGAAGAAGCUUCGAGUACAGUGUUCUGACAUUUUGAAAAACUUUUGCUGGAUAUAAAUUAAAGAUUAAACAAUUAUAUAUCUUAUAAUUAAUUUUUAGUAAGUUGAUGAAUGGCGGAUACAGAACUAUAAAGUUCUGUAUCCAUUCAUCAACUUGCUGUUGUAGUAAAGUGAAUUCUUUGAGAAGUUAUAAAAAAAUUCAUUGGUCGAAAAGGAUGAUUUCAAUACGUAUUUAACUCGGUCCAAUGUGUAUUUUACAUAAACGUACUUGAAAACUGAUAAAAUUCAUUAUGAAAUUAUUAUAAAUUUCCAUUUUAAAAUCAUUGAUUUAUGUAUUAUUUU